GAAACAAACAAUGCAGCAAGGCAUGCACGCAUGCACGCAUCAGCACCAACGAUUCGACCACAAGACCCUACCGCAACGCAACGCGACAGACAAGACGAACAGGCAGUAGUACCCCGGGGAAGAGACGACGAGUAGUCUUGUGCAGAGCCAGAAACGACGCAAACGAACGACAACAGGACGACAAGAAAACCUUGAAAAAAAUAAUAAUAACACGACAACACAUCCGAGGAAUGGAGCAAAGAAAGGAGCGCAGCAGCAGUCACAGAGUAACAUAAUUUCACUAAUACUUCGCUGCGUCCUGCUGUUUCGUACCGCCCGGAUCCAUUCGAUCUAGUUGGACGAAAGGAGACAAAACGAAAUCGAACCGAGCAACAACAGCAACAACGACAGCAACAACGAUAACAACAACAAUACCAGCGAAAGCCCAACACCACCACCACCACCGACAAAAAGAGCAGCAACAACACGAUGGAAUCCCCCGCAAGCGAAAACGGUGUGUCCCCCGGGAUCGAUCCGGGUUCUCCCAAACACAAGGCAAAAUCCAGCCACUCGCAACAGCAAUCACCCCCGUCGUCGCCUUCCUCUCCGGGGUCGGACCCGAACUCGAACUCGAAACCGAACCCUUCUUCCCUCCCGGGGCAUUUGUCGGAAGCCGUGGCGGCUUCCUUUCUGGACCCGGCCAUGGACGUCGGAGAGCGACUCGCGAGGGCGGAGGCGAUCCGGCCCUUUCUGAACGAGAUCGAUGGCUACUGGAGCUUUGGGAGCUACAACAAUAGUUCCGGAGAACGCACCACCACCGAGGGGAGGCUUCCCCCCCUGGCCUGGAACGCGCACUUUCGAAAGGCGUACACGCUGCUGCUGUGGGUCCGGCCGGUCAUCGGAGCGGAAAAGGAACCCGAGGAAACCGAAACAACGACGGUGGCCGAGGACGACGCGGAGGCACUGGGAGAAGGAACCGGCAGCGACCGGCUCCUCUAUCGGUUCGCGGAGGGACCCGAGGACGCGACCUCCUCCACGGGGGUCUCGGUGUCGGUGGGAGAGUGGCGGGCCCUGGAAACGGACGAAAACGCCUGUUCGGAACCAGAACGUGGCAGCGACAGAAGCAAACAAAGCACAAACCACAAGCGGGCCCCGCGCACCCUCCUCACGACGCUCCGGGCGCACUCCCUCCCCCACGAGGGCCUCUCGGCGGCAGCUGGGAGGGCCGACGCAAACUUCGACCCGGCCCCCUUUGUGGUGGCACCGCUCGAACUGCCCGAGGGCGAGUGGUCCAUGAUCGGGAUCACCCACGUCUUUCCCUACCUCAAGCGUCCCCACUGGACGGUCUGCGUCAACGGGAGGGCCUGCGCCAGCGGGGAGCUCGCCUACCCGCAGCCUUCCGAGGCCGGCCACAAGAAAAAACAAAAACACAGGGGCCACGAGGCGUCCGUUGCGGCCCUGCUGGGCCACAACACCCUCUUCCGAAACGUCUGCGGGGGGGGCUGCGAGAUCCUCGGCGCGGGGGCGAGCGACUGCUCCAAGACCGCCAGCGACCUCCAGAAGGACCACCUCCACUCGACCGCGAGGCCCAAGCACCACCUCAGCCUCCACCUGGCGACCUUUCUGCUCGCCGGGGAGGUCUUCACCCCGACCGUCCAGGCCCUCCUGGCCCAGGCCGGGCCGGCGAUGGCCCUCCAGUCCGGGGGGGGCCUCCCGCGGAUGCCCCCCGUCGCCAACUGGACCAAGGGGUCCUCCCUGGAGGGCGUCCACGUCGGGAUCCCCCUCGUGGUCCACGGGCAGUCCCUCCGGGUCCAGCAGCUGGGGGCGUCCUGCGCGCUCUGGGGGUCGGCCGUCGACUCCAGGGUCACCUUCCGUUCCGGAGAAGGCCCGGGCGGCCUCCCGGAGCAGACCAUAAUCUGCACCAUGCCCCUCCCGAGGGGGGCGACGCACGGCGCCCCGCGGGUGGGGCUGAUCCAGCCGACCCCGCCGGCCCGGGAGCAAAACGACCCCCCGAGGGGCUACUUUGGCGGGGGCCCGAAGGAAUACGAGAGCGAGAGCGAAGGCCACGACCCAGUCUCGCUGCUCAUCGUCGGGAGCGGCUGCUCGAUCCACCACAACCUCUCGGACUACCUCCUCUCGCUGCCGACGCCCAUCCACAAGGCGCUGGACCCGCUCGAGCUGGUGGACUCGACUUCCAAGCUCUUCUCGGUCCUCCUCCUGCAGGGCCAGUCCCUCGACGCCUGCGUCGUCCUGCCCUUUUUCCUGAGCCUCCCGCCCCCCGGAACGCGCUGGAACCUGCAGCUGGGGGCCGCCACGGACAGCCUCCAGCACCUCUUUGCCCUCUACUCGUCGGGGGCCGCCUACGCGGCCUGCCUGAUCCGGACCCUCGCGGCCUCGGUCCGGACCGGGGGCGGACGGUGGCACGAGGAGCUCCUGCAGAACGGGACGGUCCACGUCCUGGCCAGCUCGCUCCGGCAGUCUCUGGUCCGGUCGGAGUUCCUGGGAGUGGUGUCCUACGCGACCUGCGGCGACCUGGUCCGGGCCAAGGCCAGCGAGCAGGCGGCGAUGGGGGAACACGCGGCAAGCGGGGGAAGCACCACCACCAGCAGCACCGCCAGCAACCCCCUCUCGACCACGAUGGACCUCCUCCCCGUGUCUCCGAGGGCCGUUCCGGAGGCCGUCACGAGUGCCGUUCUGGACCUGAUCGACGCGUGCUGCGGGCCGCCCUCGGAAUUCGUCGAGGACCUCUCCCCGGCCAAACAGAUCCAGAGGACGUCCGACCUGGCGCUGACCUGCCUCUUCGGCCUGGCCCUCGACUGGGACCUGUGGGGGGAGGACCCCCUCGCGGCGUCCUCCCUCCUCUCUUCGGUGGCGCAGAGGUACGGUGGAACCUGCGUCACCUCGGGGCACAUCGUCCGGAGCCAGGUCUCGGUGCAGUACUUUCUGGACACGCUCAAGUACAAGCUCCACCACUGCUACGGCAAACCAUCGUCCGGCAGGCCCCGGGGCGAGCGCGAGCGCGAACUCCGAAGCAUCGGAGUUUCCUGCGGAGACAUUCUCGAGGCCAUGCUCCUCUCGAGCCUCUCCAGCGACCGCUCCGUCUCCCAGGGCGAGCACGAUGUUUCCGCCUGCAUGGGGGCGCUGUCGGAAUGCCCGAUGGACAGCAUCUGUGCCCGUGUGGUCUUUCGAGCGAUCGGGGGCAUCCUGGAGUGGUGCGAGAUCGUUCCGCCGGGCUUUGUCGAUGCCUCGUCCGGGGGGGAUUCCGCGGCCGCCGAGGGGGAAAGAGUCUCCGGUGCGAACGAAUCCGAUUCCUUUCCGAGAAGGAAACGCAGCAACUCCCGGGGGAGCAGCAGCAACCUGGUCGACGACGGCCACAAGUGCAAGGUGGCAAGCCGUUUGGCGCGCAACCUGAUCCUGUCCCAGUUCCACGACGUCAUUGCACCCAUGCUCCUUAGCCGGACCGUCUUUUCCACCACAUCGCAGGGCAACAAGGAAGCCAUGGGCACGGACUCGAACCACAGUCGAACCAAAACGGUCCCGGGCGUCGGAAAGGACGAAUCCCGCGUGUGGCAAGAAAACUGGAGGAUCUGCCUCGUCAUCUUUGCCUGGAUCUCGUCCAUCGCCGGACCCGAGGGAAACGCCGCCGCAAACUCGCUGGGGUCCCUCCUUUUGGCUUCCGGGAUGGCGGGUUCCCUCGAAAGCGUUUUGGAACGCGCCGGAGAAAGCUACGCCGAGAAUCUGUUCCUUCCCGAUCCCACCAUGGCCAUGACGGUUGCCUCGACCCUGCGAAGCGACGGUUGGUCCUACAGCGACCUGCUUUCCGAUCGACUGGCCGUCAUGAUGCCCCUGCUUCCGUCGUUGGUCGUCUCGCUUCUGCCCGUGCCUGCUGCGGCGGGCAGCGUGGAGGAGCAACACCGGGGCGAGGUCCCUUCCGGGGAGUCCCUCCGCGUGCUCACCGAGGUCGUCACGGCGGUCACGGGCUCCUUCUACCGCGUGUUUGGAGGCAUAACACACUCGGCUGCAUUCCAUGGAAGCCGAAGCAAAACCGGAAACAAGCAAAACGGUGGUGACUCGGGGGAAACAAAAACAGCCAGGGCAUACGUGCCCCAUCUCUUGGUAGUGGCCAACGCACUCGAGCAAUCUUUGGUGGGCCUUGGAAACGACGAGGAAAACAAAGAAGGCAAGCCAUCGAUUCUGACGAUUCUUGGCGCACCUGCCAUGGUGCAAAGAGGAGCCGACGAUGGAACGUGGGUCGAGGUGUCUUCAACAGCAAAAGAGUCGUUCCCAAGUGUUGCCUCCGUGAGCAUGCCGGGACAGGCAGAUGGUGAAAGCGACACCGAGAAGACGCUGGUUGUGGUCAAGUCUUGCCAAAACAGCGUGCUUACGAUUAUUACGGAACUAAUGUGCCGUGCCAUGAAGUCCGGCGGUGGGGAAUCCUCCACGCAGCUCUGGAGAAGCGUCCUUGGAACGCUGAAAGAGGUUGAAUCAUACGGAGCAGGAGAUAGCGAGCAGAUUCCUUCGAACACAGACUUCACUCCGGUGACAAAAAAUCUUUUGUGCCGUCUGCUAGCGAUGGUUUUGAUGAGGUGUCUCAAGCGAGACUAUCAAUGGGAACUGUGGACUCUCUCUAUGAGUUCGGCAGUGUCGAGGCUAUGCUUGCUCGUCGAAGAAAAAGAACUGCUACGGUGCUCGUUCACUACUGAUGGCAAGUAUUCAAACGACCAGAAGCUGCUUAUGUGUGCAUUCUUGUACAUUUUGGAGUAUGGUCGAGACACGAUGGGUUGGUGCCAGCUGAUUUUGCCAACUCCACCUGUCUCGCACCAAGAGGGAAACAAAAGCAGCUCGAGAGGAACCGAGUCAGCGGUAUCAGCGGCGAAAAUCAUGCUGCCGGUCCUGCAGCCUUCUCUUCGAAUCAUUUUGGAAGGUAUUGGCAACCUAUCGUCCGAGACACAAAUCGUGAUUCCCAGCACGCCAGAAAAGGAGGGAGAAUCCAGCGACGAAAGCAAGGAAAAGUCCCAAGACGACGAAAAGCCCGUAUCCCUGUUGGAAUACGUAGCCAGGGAGCUGCGUCAUUCGCUUAUGGGGGCCAUCGUCGGUUUGGCCUUUGCCAAUGCACGAGACAUUGCCUUGCACGCUAUGGCCGUCCUGAGAAGGGAUUUGAAGGCGCAAAAGAAUGGAACCGACGAUACAGCUAUCAAGACCUUCACGUCCCUGUUGUGCAUGACGGCCGAAGAAAUUCGUGUUCGGUACGAAGGCGAGCGCCGCCGCCGUGAAACUGCUCUCGUGGAUGCAUACGACGAACAAGAUGAGGAAGCCGCCGCCGAUUCUAUGGCCGUAGAGAAAUUAAUUCUCGGCGAUUCGAUCGUGCCCCCUUCCAACGAACGCUCUACCGAUGAGACCCUAAAGGAACCCGUCGAGGAAAUAUCGUUCGAAAAUGAUUCUGAGCAACAGAGCGAUCGAGUUCCGGCCGAUUUCUUGUUGCUGAACGAAGGUCUCACUGCGGGGGGAGCUUCAACUGUCAACAGGGCGAAGAUGGAGUGGAGCAAAUACGAAGGGUUUAGUGCUGCGCUACAAACGUGUUCCAACAACGACGGCACGCCGAUUGACAAUGGUGACUGUCUCGAAGCCUCCGCACAAAUUGUGCUGAAAAUGCUGUCGCCAUUCCUCGAUGCAUGGGACGAAUUCUCUGCCAUGGAUGCGGUGGAUACUGAGUUGGUGAAGUUAUUCGAUUUGACUCUUGGUGCCGUACUAUCCGAAGACUCUUCCACGGGGGAAGCCCUGCCCGAGAUGGAUGUGUUCCAUCUCGGAGGGUGUGAGGGUGCUGCCGAUGCAAUGACGACAUUCAUCGAGCUUGCCGCUUCGGAAAAAAACAGAACGAUGGAGGUCACGGAGAUAUUUCUUCCGAACCAUCGAAAUAGUUGUUCUUCGUACACUGAGAGGUUUUGUUGGACGAGGUAUAUGGGGAUGCUAAGGAAAGGAAAUGCCGACGAGUUUUGGGAAAGAGGAAUCGCGGAUGGGAACCGAGAUGUUCGAAGUCGCAUCGUCUCCAUACCGUGCGAACCACAAUUUAGGCGUUUCAUUCCAAAAUAUCUCGACAACAGUUCGCACAAUAGACACCCUGGUUCUGUGGAUCAGGCAGCACAUGACGAAGAGACCGACAUCGACGCUUUCACAAAAUCGCUGAUCGAGUCUGGCCAUCUCGAAAUCGUAGAUAUUACCAAGAAGGAAAUUAAUGAAGAAGAGAAGCCUGCCCUUGAACUUCCAACUUCGGACACUCUAGAUGAUGAUUUCGCAGAAACGCCUUUGGACAUUUCGAGGCCCAGAAGCGCAGACGAGGAAGACAAACAACCAGAAGAGUCCGUGACCACACCAGCUAACAAAGAAGCUACGACUAUCGAUGCAUACAACAGAGAUGAAGAAGAAAAAGUUGAGUUUGAUAAGACCCAAGUGGAUUCGAUGCAAUUCAACAUCACAGCCAGUGCUUUCGCAAGUCCGCCUGAUAAUUCAUCGUCUACGCUCGGCCUGAUGCACUCCGCCGCCGCAGGGUUGAUUGAAAGACACUUAGAAAAUUGUCUUCAUGUCAAAACAGAAGGAAGCAGGAAAUGCUCGAUGCUUCUCACUUCCACCCAUUUGAUUCUUGAGUAUGACAUCGAUAGUGAAGGAUUGUACGAAGGGGAAAUGAUGGCUGUUCGGGAAGAAGCAGAACGACAACGGAUGAUCGAAGAAUCGAAGGGCGGUAUUGCUAAGGACGGAGAUAAAAUUCAAGAAGAAAUAGAGAACCGACACAAAAUGACCGCUGCCUUGAGGCCAAAAUCAAUUCGUUGGAAUUUGUCGGAACUCUCCCACGUUUACCUUCGUCGGUAUCGUUUGAGAGACUCUUCCAUCGAAUUAUUUUUCAUACCAUCUGGCGGGACUUCGUUUGGCGGGUAUGGUCUAUAUUCCCCUUCCACAUCUCUUUUCCUCGACUUCGGCCCUGGUUACGAAGGAAAAACUCGACGUGAUGAUGCAGCAUUUGCAAUCAUGAAGCGGGCCCCUCCACAGGCCAUCAAGCAGUGGCCCGACCACGAUGCUCAAUUUUUGCACAAUCAGUUAAGUCGUUUGACAAUAGGCUGGGUCGAGGGUCGAAUUACAAACUUUGACUAUCUGCUUCACUUGAAUAUACUAGCGGGAAGAAGCUACAACGACACUUGCCAAUACCCCAUUAUGCCAUGGGUUCUUUCGAACUACCAUUCUGAAGAAAUACCGGAUCUCACCAAUCCAGACAACUUCCGCGACCUUAGAAAACCUAUGGGUGCUCUUAAUCCAAGUCGCUUGGAAGACUUCAUCGAGCGGUUCAAUACUUUCGCUGAUCCAUCGAUUCCACCGUUCAUGUAUGGCAGUCACUAUUCCACAAAUGCCGGUGUCGUGCUGCACUUUCUUGUUCGACUGCAUCCAUUUGCAGGACUUCAUAGGCAGCUUCAGGGGGGACAUUUCGACGUUGCAGAUCGUCUCUUUUCUUCGGUUCCGCGCACGUGGGAGAUGUGCACCGGAUCCUCCGCCGCGGAAGUCAAAGAGUUGACGCCCGAAUGGUAUUGCAACCCUUCUUUUCUCAAAAACACGAACAAAUUCAGGCUUGGAACUUCCCAGGACGGCGAGCUGAUCGGAGACGUAGUCUUGCCCCCUUGGGCGAAAGGAUCCGCUGAAAAGUUUAUCGAGGUUAUGCGAAACGCACUCGAGAGUGAUAUAUGUUCCGCAAUGAUCCCGGACUGGAUAGAUCUCAUCUUUGGGAGGAAGCAGCAAGGCCCAGAAGCCAUUGCUGCACACAACGUUUUCUUCUACCUAACGUACUACGGAAGCGUAGAUGUUGCUGCCAUCGAAGACGAAGGCUUGCGUCAGGCCACAGAACUGCAGAUCGCCCACUUUGGUCAAUGCCCAAUGCAAUUGUUUGUGCGACCGCACGUGAGACGUGUCCAGUACGUGAACAAGACCAGACUGACGUUUUAUCAAAUAACGAGUGCCUAUACGUUUGGAAUAGACACCAGAAAGGGAACCACCGACGACGAGAACGAAGAAUCUACACCACUCACAUGCUCUAGCAAUGGGCAGCAAAUAUUUGGCAAGCCGCUGUAUCUGCCCUUCUUUUCGGCGCCCAUGUCGCAUUGGGUCCAUUUGGAUGCGCCUCCUCCGGGCCCCCACGCACCGUUGAUCAGCGUCCGCCUUGCCGGCACCGAUCGCUGCCUGGCAGUCGAUGCCCAGGGCGUGUUUCAUUGUUUCCGAUGGGCGUGGAAAGCGGAAGAUUCCACCCAGAUUACAGGUUUUGAAAGCAGCACAACAUUCCCCAGGGACAAUGGGUGUUUUGUUGCGCAACGAGAAUUGCCGCGCUUCCGCACGGUCCCCCGGCUGGUACACAAACCAUCGCAUCUCCAGGGGGACGAAUCGAACCACGGCUACACGUACCCUGCCGUGGCCAUUUCCAAGACUCUUUUUGCAGGGAUAUCGGUUUUGUUGGUUCUCUCCGACGGGGACGGUCGCGGAGGACUAGCGAUGCAGCUGGUGGAUCCCGCCAAGGGUGUGGUUCGUGGCGAAGCGGUCGUUGGUUCGAUCCAUUCGUCCCGCAUCCGGUGCAUUGCCACGGAUCCCAUCGGAAAUUCUGCCGGCCACGGGGGAGUCGGUGGAGAACUGGCCAUUGUUGGAAGUUCCGACGGAACGGCCUCCAUUUGGCGUUUCAUGUCGAGCCACUUUCUGCCUCUGCGCCCGAGGGUAUAUCUGUCCGGACACUGUUCUUCCCCUAUCUAUGCCGUUGGGUUGAGUGCCUCCAUCAACGUGGCGGUAACGGUGUCGGAAAAGCGGCUGUGCUUGUAUUCCAUCGGAAACGGGAGCGUGAUCCGCAUCAUCGAGCCCCCGACGGACACGCUCGAAUUGCCGGAAGGAAUGGAGAUUCUGUCCACGACCUUUGUGAAAUCCCCCGCGGUGGCCAUUUCGGUCCAGGGAUUUGUGGUGGCGGUCUGCGAGACCAAGAUGAAAACCAAGACAAGCCGGAGCGUGAUCACCCUCCACCUUUUUUCGCUCGAGGGGGUUUCUCUCGGAUCGAAGGCCCUGGAGAGCUGGAGAGGGAUUCCCACCAGGAUCGUCGCCACCCCGGACGGCACCACGGUGCUGGUUUGCUCCGGCCGGGGCGUGACGGUCCACCGCGUUUCCGCGAUCACGCCGCUGGCCUUCAUCGACGAGUGGCAGAUCACGGAGUCGUCCGAGGGAGAAGUGGACGGGUACCUGUCCCCGGGGUCCGGAAGCCGCGCGCUGGACAUCGAUCUCGGGCCGUCUCUGAACCGACCGGUGAUCGCCGCCGCUGCCUGCACGAACGGGGUGCUGCGGCUGCACGCCCUGGCCGGGAUCUCGGCGUAUUCGGAGCGCCACAAGAAGGUGGGACUCAUCCCGCAGGGCGUGGGGUCCCUGAUCAAGGCCCCGGCACGGGGCAUCAAGCGGGUCUUUGGAAAGGCGUCUACGAUCGGAACCAAGGCCGCCGAUGCCGGCAAGGACAUCUCGAAGGAAAUCUCGAGCGACGUGAAGGAAAAGGGCGUGACCGGGUUCCUAGGAGGGAUGUUUGGCAGGAAGAAGUGAUAGACGAAUCCAAAAAAGCAACCUGUCUAGGUACUAGUACUUCUAUAUUCUAACAAAACAUUAUUUGUAACUGCCGGGGGAUUGAUCAUUUGUGAAAAUCGACACCCCUGCUUGUCAAAACAAUUUUUUCCACCACAGACCAAGCGUUCCCUGGGAACAACUACCUCGUCUUGUUCUUGCACUGGCAGUCCCUCUUCUCCGUAACGCCAUGCAAGAGCCAGUGCGCAAUGGCGUUAUGCUCGUCGGGCGCCGCCAUGUUUUUCUCGAGGUCCGGAUUGUUCUCCAUGUAGCACUUCCAAUUGCAUCCCUCGGGCCACGUGUGGUAGGGCUUGAGCGUUUGGAUGUCGGUCCCGUCGGUCCCGUCGCCCCGCAGGUUGCUUGCUUUCUCGAUGAGGGACGAAGCCGACACGGCCGCUUCCGGCUUGGUCAGCACCAGAACGGCGAGGCACAAAGAGAUCCCCACCGCGUGCAGAAGGUACCCGCGGUCGCCGCGUUUCGUCUUGUCGCUUUCCUCUUCCCGUGGCAUCCUUGCAUCCGGAGCAUCGCUGUCGGUCGUUUCCUGCGAGUGCCUGCGGCUGCGCUGCUUAAAGGUUUCAGACAUAUCAAGGUGCAGAAUGUGUUGUCUUCUAUUGUGUUGCGUUGCGUUUUGUGGUCUCAACAAAACGCGACAGGGUUG